UUUCCCUGGGGCUGUUCUUUCUCCUGGGCUGUUGUUUCCCUGGGCUGUUCUUUCUCCUGGGCUGUUGUUUCCCUGGGCUGUUGUUUCCCUGGGCUGUUGUUCAGGCCGGGCUGUUCUCUGUCCCGCAGGCCGGAGCUGGAGGACGCGGGCUGGCAGGAGCUGCCGGGGUGCCAGGCAGUGGCUGGCACAGGCUGUGACUUCUCCUCGGCCAUCUCCGAGUACUACGAUGCCCACUACGUGCGCGUGAGGGCCCAGGCAGGGCCACUGCUGUCCCCGUGGUCCGAGGUGCUGGAGAUGGUUCCAGAACACGUCGCUCAGAUUGGUCCACCAGGACUGGAAUUGCAGUCCACAAAUGGAGUGGUGAAAGUUAUGGUUUCUCCUCCAGAAGCAAAUCAGAGGAAAAAAAUGUGGAUCAAUGACCUGAGUUUUAAAUAUAACCUGGUCUUCUGGGAAAACUCCUCACAUGCUCAGCUCCAGAGUAAAAACAUCUUCCCUGUUGACACCAUUCUUGACCUUGCCCCAGACAGCACCUAUUGCUUCAAAGUGCAAGCAAACCUCCCCAGGGAGGGAAAGGAAGGCUUGUUCAGCCCCACCAGCUGUGUGAAAACCACCCAGAAAGUGAACGACCCCCUGUGUGCCACCAACCUGAGUGUCCUGGCUCUGAACAUGAAAUUCCACCUGCUCUGGAGCAGCCAGGAAAAUCAGGAUGUGAGCUACAACGUGCAGUACCUGCUUGGCUUCUGGAAGAAGCUCAAUGAUGAUUACUCAGACAAGUGGCUCAGUGUCCCUGGCUGUGAGAGCACCACCAGCACCUGCUGCAACUUCUCCUCCAUCAUCACCCCCAAUGGAUUUUAUUACCUGCGAGUGCAGGCCAGGGAGGGACACAACAAAUCCUGCUUCUCCAGGGAAGUCAAAGUGGAUCCUCUGAAAACAAAUGGAAUUGGCCCUCCUGGUGUAAGGCUGGACCUCAGUGACACUUUGCUCCACAUCCUUAUUUCUCCUCCAGGAGGAGAUGAGGAUGAAGUCAUGAGGGACCAUUAUGACUUGUCCUACAGGAUCCUGUACUGGAAGAAUUCCUCAGAUAUGAAGGAGGAGCUGAAGCAGAAGGAGGUGAAGCAGACCAUAGCCACAGUCCCUGACGUGUCCCCCUCCACGCUCUACUGUGUCAGGGUGCAGGCCUUCUCUGAGCCCUACAACAAAAGCAGUGCCUACAGCCAGCAGCAGUGCAUCCACACCCCUGCAGGAACACCUUUACCUCUGAUCAUUUUUGGCAUUUUCAUGGGUGCCCUGCUGGUUGUCCUGCUGGUGGCCACUCCUCUUGUUUUUGUGCUCUACCAAGCCUACAACAAGAUCAAAUACGUGUUCUUCCCCUCCUGCCAGCCCCCCCUGAACAUCGAGGGCUUUGGGGCACGGCCCCUCAGCAGCCCUUACCUGGCAGCUGCAGCAGAGGAGUCAGUGGAGAGCUGCUGUGUGAUCGAAUCCAUGGUCACAGAGGAGGGAAACCAGAUUUUCUUCACAGACCCCAAACCCUGCAAGCAGAGCAGUCGAGACUCAGGCAAUUAUUCCAACGACGACAACACCUCUGGGAGCAAAGGGUCCAAGGAAACCCUGGAAAGGGAAAUGCUCUGACUUCGGGCUGAGGAAAUUCCUUUGUGGGAUUGUCACCUUCACAAACGCCUCAAACCUCU